GCCAGUCGUUUGGGACACAACGAUAUAAUCAAACUGUUAUUGACUAACGGCUCGAACUUCGCACAAAUCAAUCGGAAAGGUAUGAAUGCAUUGAGAAUCGCCCGAACCAGUGGCCACCCAUCCACUCAACUGCUGCUCAUUGACCACAUAUCCAGGCUGGCCCUAUCGCUGGAAGACCAGGUGAUGGCCACACUGCGGGGUACGGCUCGUAUAGUGAACGCCUUGUUUCCCAUACAAUGCUAUUCCGUGAAUGAGUGCCAAGAGUUUAAGCUGUCGUUUGAGUUUGAUUUGGACCGACAG